GUCUCUCUUAUCUCCGGCUGGUUGCCGGAGCAAGGUUUAUUAACAAGCGUUAGCUUUCGUUAUAAGAACAGAACUAAAACUAGGAGCCACCAGCAAGCUGGGGCAUAAGCCGAAUCAAAAGUAUUUAAUUGCCAAAGAAUGCAAAGCUACAAAAUAUAUGUACUUAGAGCUACAAAGCUACAGUCGGUAAGCCGACUUGGCAUAAGCGAUAAUGCUGAUCUUGCGGCAUGUGCAAGAUAUCAGAUUACCGCCGGUUGACCGUCACAUUCAGGGCGCUGAACUGAAGUUCACUGAUUUGGCAUCUUGAGUGCAAACAACAUGGAGCAGAGCACAUUGGACAACGACAAUCCGGAUGAGUACUUUUCGGAUAUUAUUGAGAUGGACCUGGACGGAUCUUGUAGCUCCAGCACCUUGUCUGGGCGUCCGCCAAAGAAAAAGAAAAAGACCGACAUUUCGUGGCUGGCAGAGAUCGCCCAGGAGCGUCUCGAACAACAAAAGGACCACCACAGAAAGAAGGAGGAGCACGACGUUAGGCAGGAGAAGAUGGUGCAGGACUUGAUUAGCACCCAAACAAAAUUCCAGAACGACUUAUUAGAAGUUUUGAAAAAUAAAAAUAAAUAAGUUUUUAAUUUUCAUUACGGUCUA